AUGGCAGACCCAUCAAUCUUCAACUUCCUCAACCAUCAACACCAACAGUACCCUUCUUCUUCUUCUUCUUCAAAACCCACAAAGAAAAGCUCAACAAGCCUACCCCAACCCUCCUCUUCUCGUCACUUUCCAUGUCUGUACUGUCCUCGCAGGUUCUACACCUCUCAAGCUCUUGGUGGCCAUCAAAAUGCCCACAAACGUGAAAGAGCUGCUCUACGAAGAAACAACACCACCCUCAACACUAGCAUCUCAACAGACCCUUCUUUGAUUAUCCCUUCAUCAUUUCUUAACCAUAACCUCCCACCGCCAGCAAGUACUCCUGCAGUGCCCUUUCUUAACCAAUACCACCGAUAUCAUCAGCAGGCACUAGACCACCCCAUGAUGAUUACCAACUACCAGUUUCCAGCACCACCCAGUACAAAUGGUGUCUAUGUUUCGGCUCCUCAUUAUGGUGGGUUUUAUGGUGUCUCUGCAGCUGCUGCUUCUCUUGAUCAUGAUAUUGGUAGCGGUAGUGGUAGUGGUUAUGAUCUUUCAACAAGUACUGAUAAUGAUGAUCCUAAUGACCCUACAAAUAUUGACCUUACCCUCCGUUUAUAA